GGAUGGAUGAUCCGGUCGAGUUCCGUCAGGCCAUUGGAAAGCUCCUGGGAUUCUCGUUAGUUGAGAUUGUUAUAUGUGAGGGGAGACGAUUUUACGAACUUCACCGUUUAGUCCAACUGUCACUACAAGUGUAUUUACCAACUAAGGAGUUGAGUCGGGGGAGGGCCUCUGCGCUAAGCACGGUUUCACGACUGUUCCCGCGGGGUGAGGACGGGUGGCGACACACCGGUCCUGUAUACAUUCAGCAUGCGCUUGCAGUAACUAAAGAUUCAACGGAUCCCACUGCCGAAGACCUUUGUUUUCGCAUGGGACAGUACUUUCGAGAUCAAGGUUCCUAUAGCAAUGCAGAGAUCCAAUUUCGUCGAUGUAUUGCACUUCGGGGGAAGGGAAAAGAAUAUGGCUGGGAGAAUGAGACCCAAGGAAGAUUUAUGCGCCAGGGGGUGGCAAGCGCAGAACGAGGAAAGAGCAAUAUAACCGAGAAGAUAUUUCGGACUUUACUCGGAGGUCUUAAGAGGUCAUUACGCCCGAACAGCCCCGAUAUGCUAAAGUACAUAGAGUACCUGGCUCUAGCGCUAAGAGACCAGGGAAAGUAUGAUGAAGCAGAGACGAUAAAUCGGCGUAUUCUGGAGCGGCGCAGGAGAGUUCUCGGGCCAGACCACCUCAGCACUCUAACAAGUAUCAGCAACCUUGCUGCGGUGCUGCGACGCCAAGGAAAGUACGAUGAAUCAGAGGCGCUGAAUCGGCGUGCACUUGAGGGGUAUGAAAACAUUCUUGGACCACACCACCACAGCACCCUAACAAGUGUCAACAACCUUGCUCUAGUGCUGCAAGAACAAGGAAAGUACGAUGAAUCAGAGACAAUGAAUCGGCGGGUACUGGAGGGGUUUGAAAAUGUUCGCGGGCUAGAGCACCUCCACACCCUAACAAGUGUCAACAACCUGGCUGAGGUUCUGCGAUACCAAGGAAAGUACGGUGAAUCGGAGACGAUGAAUCGGCGUGCACUCGAGGGACGAGAGAGGAUUCUUGGACUAGACCACCCCAGUACCCUAAAAAGUGUCUGCGACCUGGCUGCGGUGCUGCAAUACCAAAGAAAGUACCCGGAAUCAGAGCUGAUGAAUCGGCGUGCACUGGAGGGGCGCGAGAAGAUUCUUGGACCAGACCAUCCCGGUACGCUGACAAGUAUCAACAACCUUGCUUCAGUGCUGCGAGACCAAGGAAAGUACGAUGAAUCAGAGGCCAUGAGUCGGUGUUCACUGGAAGGGCGCGAGAAGAUUCUUGGACCAGACCAUCCCAGUACGCUAACAAGUAUCAGCAACCUUGCCUCAGUGCUGCAAGACCAAGGAAAGUACGCUGAAUCAGAGGCCAUGAGCCGGCGUGCACUAGAGGGACGCAAGAAG